AGACCCACAUGGCUGGCCAUCGCCAUCCACCGUCACGUUUAUGCUGUUUUAUAUUGGCUUCGUCAUCAUUAAAGAAAGAUGCCUUUUCCUUUCCCAUUUUUCCAGUUUCCACCGCCACGUAAUACACUUCAGAUAAGGUCGCCCCUGCAUCAUCCCAACCUCUCCAGCAUACGAGCUCUGGCGGCCAGCGACUCAAAAAUUUAUUUAAAAUAAAUAAAUAAAUCCUCUCUUUUCCUUCUCGUACAAUGGAUAUAUUUGAGCCAGUCAAGGUAUGACACGUAACACGUGCUUGUGCUUGCCAAAACGAAAACGAAAAGGAUAUGUAUUUUAAAGAGCAUCUCGUUAGAUCAAACAUGGAAAAGAAAAGAAAGGAAACUAAUCAAACGCUCCUUAGCGGUGAGUGAGGUUAAAAGAACCAUUUGACAGUUGGUGGAAACGGUAACUAAGCAGCAAAAGGCAAAACGCAUCGUUGGCUGUUUACGCGCUUUUUGGACAACUCCGUGACUUCUCCAACGUCGCCAAGCAGCUGGGACCCGCUCGGCUUGCCUCAUAAUUUUGGCUAAAGGCGAAAGUAAUUACCAAAGCGAAGAACAGAAUAUGCUUUGCUCUUCGCUGCAAAUAUCCCUUACCCCCGCCUCCCCCCCCCCCCCCCCCCUCCUCUCUCUCUCUCUCUCUCUCUCUCUCUCUCUCUCUCCAAUCAUCUUUUUAUUCUUCCUUUCUAUAUCUACUGCUAUUUCCUUCUUCAUUUAUUUUCAUCGCAGCUCUUCUUACUUGAUUCUUGGAACAAAGAACCAUGGAGCUGCUUCAAGAGCUCUUUCUCACGGCUGUUGUUGCUGUCCUUUUCUCUUUUCUUAUAGCUAAACUUGUUUCAAUAGCUAUGGCUGGUGGCGAUUCUAGUCGCGAUUCGCAGCUGUCCAAGAGUCAAAUUAUUGAUCAGAAUGAGAACAUUUCUGGAUAUGUUGAUGAUAGUAUCUCGGAGGAUUUGCAGCAUUUUGAAAGUUUGAAGGUUCAGGGGUUUAAGAGCGAGAAGAGAGUCGAGUUUGUGGAAGAAGGUUCCCAGAAGGUCGAUGAAUUUGUUGGAGAACCGGUUGAGGUUGAGAAGGUUGGGGAAUUGGUGAACCGCGAUGAGGCAAUUGAAACUGAAUGCCUUCAAUUGCCUCGAAAAUCAACCGAAGAAGGUUUAAAGGAAGAGGAAGAAUCGUCGGAGGAUAUGUUGGGGAAGAGAGUAGCAGAUAUCAAGUUAAACAGAGAAGUCGGCGUAAUAUUGGCUGAUGAUACGAAUGCCAUUGAACAAUCUGACGAGGUUAUCGAAGGAAGAGUUUUUCAUGAUAAUUUGCUUAAAGAAAACAGAGAAAUUGAGUCCAUUGGAGUAGAAUUCUCUGUUGAAAAGGAUGUAAUAGAAGAAUCUGAGGAGAUUCGGGUCGUGGAGAGCGGAGAAAAGCAAAAAGCUCAAGUGAAGAAAAUAGAUAUUGAUAGUGAUGAGGAUGAUUGGGAGGGGAUUGAGAGGAGUGAAUUGGAGCAGGUCUUUGCAAAAGCAGCAAAGUUUGUGGAGUUUGGAGAUAAGGAUGGAGGUUUGACAAGCUUAGGGAACGAUGUGCAAAUGGAACUGUAUGGGCUUCAUAAGGUAGCUACUGAGGGGCCCUGCCGCGAGCAGCCCCCUAUGGCUCUCAAAGUUGCUGCUCGCGCCAAGUGGAAUGCUUGGCAAAGGCUGGGAAACAUGAAUCAAGAGGUGGCUAUGGAGCAGUAUAUUGCCCUUGUAUCGGAUAAAGUACCGGGUUGGAUGGAAGACAAAUCUACUGUUGGUGGUGGCCCAGGAUCAUCUGAAGCAGCAAAAACUGGUGUUGUGGCUUCAGAGUUAAGUACAUCUCCAUCCCAUCAUCCAAAUAUUGCAGAGGAAAGGAAUCCAGAAGUGCUGCCUGAUAUUGAGAAAAAUGAUUUUACUGGAGGCCCAAACUUAUAGAACCGGGCUAAAGAAUGAUGAGCCUUUCCGUGCUGCUUGACCUUGCCAACCGAAGGUACUUUCUCCAUUUGGAUGGCUGCAAACAAGUGAAGGCUAAUUCUUGUCAAGUAUAAAAAUAUGCUUCAAGUAAGGUCUGUGUCAGUCUAUCCUAUCAAUAGCUGUAUUGUUUAAAUGCUUGUGGUAAUAAAGAACAUUAUGUAUUGUGAAUAUCUGCUCAUGUAUAUACAGUAUCUGUAAUGUAUUUCUCUUUAUUCAUUACCCAGUUGCUUGGGAUUGUCAAUUAUAACAUUGACGUUUAUGCUC